GGCGAGUCCCGCAGCGCAGAGUGCACCCCACGAGGCGGUGUUACACAUAUGAGCGGCGAAGUGGGCGUGGCGGACACUGAAGCUGCGGCACAAGAUGCGUGGGAGAAAGAGAUGGAAAUGCUUUUGGAUCAGAGAGACAGCCGCUCCCGCAGCCGGUCGUUCAUUGAAAUGCACUCGACUCCCUUACAGCAGCAGCCAGACUCGUUACCGCGAGCCCAAUCGAUGGAAUCUAUUGGGCUUUGGGCAGCGACGUGUGGCUCCUCGCGCGUAGUAAAUGAAGAUUCGAGCGGUGGCGAUGGAUGUUCAAUCAACUCUGACGGGGACAUUGCAAGGCAAGCGGCGAUAUCGACCAAGUUGUACUUGGCAGGGUCAGCUCCUGUUGACUUGGACGCGAUCGCAUUGAUGCAAGACGGCCUGCAUGGAUCAGGGAGCAGUCGCGCUGCACUGGGGCAACACAUAGAAGCGGGACCGUUGAGUGCGAAGGCGUUGGAUAUCUUAUCCCAAGGUUUGGCCAUGAGAGCCGACGACUCGACCGAGCGACGGAGUAUGACCGAAGAAGAGCUGGAGGAGAAAAAAAUGGCGGAAGAAGAAGCCAUCAAGCUGCAACAAGAGCGCGAAAUUAUCGUUGAUGACUCUAGCGUCGAAGUAGUUACAGCCCCUGCAUCGUCUGCGCCACGCGGCAAGAAGAAGGGCCCACUAGGAAAAGCGUUAUCCGGCUUCAAGACUAAAAUGUUUGGGAAACGACCGACGGGGUCUCCAGAGCAGUCGUCGUCGAACCGAAGCUCGAUCACAGCGGCGAUCGGGACGUCCAGACCAUCCGGGACUCUGGCGCACCGCCGGGCAUCGUCCUCUGCGAUGCCAGAGUACACCGGCCGGGGGGACUCAGACCAAGUGCGGCGCAAGCCUUACAAAGUCAAACUUCUCUUGCUAGGAGACAGUGGAGUCGGGAAGACUAGUCUCAUGCGCGUGUUUUCGGGCGACGAGUUUUCAGAGUCAAUGCUCGCCACCGCAGGGGUCGACUUCAAGGUGCGCAACCUGACGCUCGAAGACGACUACGAUGUCGCGCUGCAGAUCUGGGACACUGCUGGGCAAGAGCGAUUCCAUCGCAUUACGUCCACAUACUACAAAGGGGCGAACGGCAUCAUCCUUGUGUACGACGUCAGCGACAAGCGCGGCUUUGACAAUGUUGGCUACUGGAUGAAGAACAUUCAAGAGCACUCGCCGGCACACAUGCCAGCCAUGUUGCUCGUCGGGAAUAAGAUUGAUCUGGCGACACGAGUCAUCUUCACAGAGCAGGGGCAGGCGGCGGCAGACGCGUAUCAUUGCCGCUACAUGGAAACCAGUGCGAAAACUUGUGAAAACACUUCGAAAGCCCUCGAAACCAUCGCACGGGACGCCUUGAUCAUGACAGUCAACACGUCGAUGACGCAAAGGGUACUGCUGGAGCGCGAACAUCGCGCCAACGGCCCACUCGACAAAGAGAACUGCACGAUCUCGUGAAGAUCAGCACCUGUGCCACCCCACACACUUUGCCUGUGUCCCAAACCACUCACAACACCCCAGUUGUACAACCUACUAUGUAAUGACGACGACUUCUUGGCGACGGAACUCUCGCCUUAAUAAAAAAUAUGCCUCUCAUUCCGUC